UUUCGCAACCCUCGCCAACCGAUUUCCUUUGGUUUCGAGAUUUGUUUGAUUUACUGUUCAUCAUGGAUACAGUGAUGAAGGAAAGCAAUAAACAGAAAUCAAGUUUGGAGUUUGAGGUAGGGAAUAGCUUGGAUCUCUCAAAACUUCUUUAUGCCCGUAGCAUUGCCUUUUCUUUUGUAGUUUUGGUGGGGUUUGCCAUGACCAUUUUGUGGUCCAUUGGAAAUUAUCGUGCUAAACAAGCCAUAUAUGAGUCCUUUGGUGAUGCCCAUGCUUCAUUAUUUGCCCAUGUCCAUGAUCGGGCUUAUGUGCUUGCUCAAUCAAGCUCUUAUGCUUAUAACCUUGCUCGAAUUCUUGGCUCCUCAAUUGAAACAAAUUUGUCAUCCAUUUAUGAAAUUGAAAGCCAGGUUGCUCCUGGUUUGUUUUUUAGUCUCUAUACAAUGCCACAGGCUUCAAUGAUGGCCUACAUUGGUCGUGAUGGACUCCUUUUCUCCUACUAUCGUGAAUCAAAUCAAACUUAUGCUAUUUUUUCUAGGGAAGGACAUCCUUUUGAUGCUUUUAAUGUGUCUCAUCAGUUUUACAUUCAAUCAGUGGAUAUGGAUACCGGUGUUAGAUUUGGAAAUGCAACUGCAUAUUCUCCUUUAGAAGCCUAUGGCAUCAAAUGGAUUCAUGAUUCAUUGGAUUGUAAAAAUGACUAUGUAGCAUGGGGUUUAGGAUUUGAGCAAUUCCUAGAAGCAUUAUUUCUUUUCUCAGCUCCAAUGGGCAAAGUAGGAGUUGUUUCUAUUGGAAUUAAAGCCAAAGAUUUUGCUAAUUCUGUUAUUAGUGUUAAUCUUUUUGGUGGGCACCAAUACUUAGCUUUGGAAAAUGGGCAUCCAUUGGCAUACACUGGACCAUCAUAUAUUAUAUAUGCUAUCGAGAAUGGUUCAUUCUCAGUUCUUACAAUGGAUCAUAGUAAUGUUGAACAAAAUACAAUGAACUUUUCAUGCCAUGGGAAUGAUCACUCGCUCUUUGGCCCCUCAACAAUGGAAUCUAAUUAUUUGAGUAUAGAAGGACAGACAUAUAGAUUCAGUUGUGCCCGUUUUGAUGCUUCUGGAAUUCAUUUGGUAUCUAUCAUGGCUACUUUAUGCAAGGACAAUAUAUGCAUCUUCAAAAAGAUGAACAUUGCAGUGAUUUCACUGUUCUUCUUUCUGGUUUUUUUUGUAAUUGUUUGGAGUAUUAUUGCGGGAAUGAUAUUUAAGAAAGUAAAAAUUAGAGAGAUGCAACUUUGUUAUGCACUUAUUAAGCAAAAGGAUGCAACUCAACAAGCAGAGAGGAAAAGUAUGAACAAAAGCAUGGCAUUCUCCCAAGCCAGCCAUGAUGUGCGCACUUCUCUUAUAAGCAUCACUUGCCUUAUAGAGCUUUGUCGUAGCUUGGUUUCCCCAAAUUCAGAUUUGGAUGAGAACUUGAUACAAAUGAAUGCUUGUGCUUCUAAACUACUUGAUAUAUUGAAUUCUGUUCUUGAUACCAGUAGAGUGGAGGCUGGGAAAAUGCAACUGGAAGAGAGAGAAUUUAAUAUGGCCCAAGUUAUUCAAGAAUCACUAGAUUCUUUUUAUAUUGCUGCUCAAAAUAAAGGCCUCCAGAUGAUUUGGGAUCCAACUGAUUUUUCAAUUUUCAAAUAUUCAAAUGUUAUAGGAGAUCGUAGACGUUUCAGUCAAAUACUGGACAACUUAUUAGGUAAUGCCAUCAAGUUCACAACUCAGGGAUAUAUAUCAUUCUAUGGUUGGGCUAGGAAGCCAACAUUUGAGAAACACAGUAUUGCAUCUAAAGAAAGAUUUCAUUGGGCAUCACAUCUAUUUUUCAAGAAUGAAGUCCCUCAUGUCUCUGAUUCUUCUAAUACUAUUCAAAAUGAUCCAAACUAUAUUGAGUUCACUUUUGAGGUUGAUGAUAGCGGUAUUGGAAUUCCAAAGGAGAAAAGAGCUUCUAUAUUUGAGAACUAUGUUCAAGUUAAAGAAUCAUCUCAUGGAGGACAUGAAGGCACUGGAUUAGGACUUGGAAUUGUUCAAUCUUUUGUACGUCUAAUGGGGGGUGAAAUUGGUAUACAAGAUAAAGAGCAUGGAAAAAAAGGAGCUUGUUUCAGAUUCAAUGUUUUCAUGAAGUCAUGUGACACAUCAAGGGGAGAAGAUACAUCAUCAAUUAACAAUCAAGCAUCUAAUCAAUCUUAUCAUGUGGCCCUAUGGAAUUACAUUGGAUUUCAACGUGUUCCUACAAGGACAUUUCCUAGGAAUUUUAAAAUGGAAAAUGUUCAUAUAUAUUUGUUGAUCCAAGGUGAUGAAACAAGAAAAGUUGCAAAGAGAUGGCUAGAAGGUUUUGGAGGAAAAUUAUGGGGUACAAGCUAUCCAAGAUUUCUACAAUUUGCACUUGAAAAGAUUAAGCAUAAAUUGCUUAACAACUCGAGUGGUUCAGGGAAGUUUGAUUUGCUAUCAUUAGGUAUUUCAUCAAGCAAAUCAGUUUCUCUAGAUGGUAAUGGAGAAUUGGAAAUUCCUACUGAUGACCAAACAUUGCCAUUCACAAAGAGGGACCUUUCUAGGAGAUCCAACAUCAACAAGUCUACCAAUUAUAUUGUGGUUUUAAUUGAUUUGAAUAUUGGUGGUCUCUUAGAAAUUUGCUCCAUGUUGAACAAUUUUUCUCAAAACAUUCAAAACAUUCAGUUGAAAAUUGUUUGGUUGGCCAACUCCAAUGCAAAUGGUAAAGAUUUAAGCAAGGUCAAAGAAACACAGUGUGAUCUUAUCUUGAAAAGACCACUUUAUGGUUCUCACUUGUACCCAUUAUUUACUCUUUUUCAAGAGACUGAAGGAACAACUGAAAAUGAACCACUUGAAUUUAAUACAAUGAAGGAAAUACAAAAGGUUGAAGAUGGUAAUAGGUUGCCCUCGUUAGUUGGAACUAGUGAAGUCUCUUUUCUUGAAAAGGAACGAUAUUCUAGCAAUUCAGAGUUAGAAAUAAUUGAGUUGAAGGAUGAUGGCACUAACACUAAUCAGUUAAACGGGAUGUAUAUCUUACUUGUUGAAGAUUCUCUUGUGAUAAGCCGUUACGAAUUUUUUUUGUUAUCAAAACUUGGGGCAAAAGUGGAAAUUUCUAGAAAUGGGUUAGAAGCUUUGGACAAGGUGAGAACAUCUUUGCAUGAAACAGUGAAUGCCACUGGUACAAGUCGGAAACAAAAAAUUUAUGAUGUUAUCCUAAUGGAUUGUGAGAUGCCUAUUAUGGAUGGCUAUGAAGCAACUAGACAAAUACGAAUGGAGGAAAAUCAGUACGGUUAUCAUAUCCCAAUUAUUGCAUUAACUGCUCAUGGAACUCAAGAGGAAGAACAAAAGGCGAUACUCUCUGGAAUGGAUUCCUAUUUGGAAAAGCCUCUACGUGAACAUAAAUUAUUAGAAGCAAUUCAUAUUUUUUCUUAAGUUUGAAAAACAUUUGUGCAGUGUUGCCAUUAGUAUGAAUCCGGGUUGUUGCUUUAGGAAAAGCUGAAAGAACGAUGGAUAUUUCAAGGGAUAAGAUCUGUGUGGAUGUGUUCCUUUCCGCCCAAAUUUUUGUUGGCAUUGCUUAUAGAUUGGUUCUUCAAAUGACAAGUGGACGGUAGGCAAACGUUUUUUGCAUUUGCCUUUCUUAAUGUUGUCUAAAUUCACGCUUUGUAUCUUGAUUGGUGGAAUGGUAGGUUUUUGUUAUUUAGAUAUUUGAUCCUAAAUAUUUAUUGAUUUGGAUAUACUUAGGCUUUAAUCCUCAAAACACUUGGGUGUAGGAUUUCAAAACCUACAAUUUGUAAUUUUAAAAAAAAAUUAAUAAAACCUACUAUCACCUAGAUAGUGAUCUCCCCACUUUGACCUAUUCUAACAACUCUAUCACAAUGAUCUCUCUAGAGAUAUAGAAGAACAAUGUUGGAGAGUCAAGCGAAAUUAAGUUGGAAAUUGUGAUAGAAAUCGAAGAUGUAUUAGGAAACAAAUAAAAUUCAUUCAUUGAACAAUUAAAGGAGAAAUUCCUUUAUCCAAUAAUACGUGGUCCUUUUAUAGAAUAAGAGAAAUACCAUAUCAAGUUA